AUGAAGCAGGAGCGGCGGAGGCGGCAACACCAACAGCAACACCGGCACCACAGGCCACCGCCGCCGCGCCUCGAGCUGGCGAUGGCGCACGCGCGGGACAGCGGGGGCCACGGCCACGAGCACCAGGACGAAGCGGAGGCGGCCGUCUGCCUGGACGGCGACUCCGAGGCGGGCGAAGCGCGCGGCGCGGGGCGCGUGCCGCCGUGGCGGGACCAGCUGACGGCGCGCGGGAUGGUGGCGAGCCUCGCCGUCGGCGCCAUGUACAGCGUGAUCGUCAUGAAGCUGGCCCUCACCACGGGGCUCGUCCCCACGCUCAACGUCUCCGCCGCGCUCAUCGCCUUCGUCGUCCUCCGCGGGUGGACGCAGGCGCUCGCCCGCUUUGGCGUCGCCACGCGCCCGUUCACCCGCCAGGAGAACACCGUCGUCCAGACCUGCGCCGUCGCAUGCUACAGCAUCGCCACUGGAGGUGGGUUUGGCUCCUUCUUGCUUGGGCUGAACAAGAGGACCUACGAGAUGGCCGGCGAGGAGACGGAAGGUAACGUGCCGGGAAGCUACAAGGAGCCCGGCAUUGGCUGGAUGACCGGCUUCCUCUUCGCUGUAAGCUUCGUCGGGAUUGUUGCGCUGAUACCUCUAAGGAAGAUCAUGAUAAUUGACUACAAAUUAACUUACCCAAGUGGUACUGCAACAGCUGUGCUUAUAAAUGGAUUCCACACAACUCAUGGAGAUGCAACAGCAAAGCAGCAAGUGAAUGGGUUCACAAAAUACUUUGCAAUCAGCUUCUUUUGGAGCUUCUUCCAGUGGUUUUACUCAGGUGGAGACAAUUGUGGGUUUUCACAGUUUCCCACUUUUGGACUUAGAGCUUGGAAACAAACCUUUUUCUUCGACUUCAGUCUAACAUAUGUUGGUGCUGGGAUGAUUUGCUCCCACCUUGUUAAUCUGUCUCUCCUUCUUGGUGCGCUUCUCUCAUGGGGAAUAAUGUGGCCACUGAUCAGUGAUUUGAAAGGGGAUUGGUAUCCUGCAGAUAUGCCAGAGAGCAGUAUGAGAAGCCUGCAAGGUUACAAGGCCUUCAUCUGCAUAGCGCUCAUCUUGGGAGACGGUCUAUACAAUUUUGUUAAGAUUGUUGCAUUCACUGUUAAGAGUCUGCUUGACAGAUCAAGACUGAAGAAUGCAAAGAAAGAGGAAGACAUUCCAGUGCUUGAUGAAAUUCAGCGCAAUGAGGUUUUUACAAAAGACAGUAUCCCCAAUUGGCUAGCCUACUCUGGAUAUCUUGCACUAUCAGUUGUUGCUGUGUUUGCCAUUCCCUUGAUGUUCCAUGAGAUGAAAUGGUACUAUGUUAUCAUAGCAUACUUAUUGGCUCCGGCAUUGGGUUUCUGCAAUGCCUAUGGUGCUGGCCUUACUGAUAUCAACAUGGCCUACAAUUAUGGAAAGGUUGCGCUCUUCAUUCUUGCGGCCUGGGCUGGGAAGGACUCUGGUGUUGUUGCUGGCCUAGUGGGCUGUGGUUUGGUGAAAUCACUGGUGUCAAUAUCCGCUGAUCUGAUGCAUGACUUCAAGACUGGACAUCUUACAUUAACAUCACCUAAAUCAAUGAUUACUGCUCAGGCUAUUGGCACUGCCAUGGGCUGUGUCAUUGGACCGCUGACAUUUUUUCUGUUCUACAAGGCUUUUGACAUUGGCAACCCUGAUGGGUACUGGAAGGCACCAUAUGCUCUAAUCUACCGCAAUAUGGCAAUUCUUGGUGUCCAGGGCUUCUCUGCUCUGCCCCGACAUUGUUUGCAGCUGUGCUAUGGAUUCUUCGGAUUUGCAGUGGCAGCCAAUCUGACGAGGGACCUCUUGCCACCAAAGUAUGGCAAAUGGGUUCCUCUACCAAUGGCAAUGGGGGUUCCCUUCCUAGUUGGUGCGAGCUUUGCUAUCGACAUGUGUGUGGGGAGCUUGAUAGUCUUCAUCUGGCACAUGAUUGACAAAAGUAAAGCAUAUUUAAUGGUGCCAGCAGUUGCAUCUGGGUUGAUAUGUGGCGAUGGGCUUUGGAUCUUCCCUGAAUCCUUGCUUGCCUUGGCCAAGAUCAGUCCACCAUUGUGCAUGGCAUUCAGGUCUUCACACUAA